AUGAGCUUUAAUCCUGAUAUAAAUGAUCCCACAGAAAUGAAUAAUUAUUUAAGUGGAAAAGAAACAGAACUGUCAAGCAUAGACCUUGAAAUUACAUGCUCUACAAUUGAAAACUCAAUGAGAAAGAGAAAAACUACAGAGUCUAAGAAGAGCAUAUACUCUGCAAUGGAAAACCCAAGGAGAAAGAGAAAAACUAAAGAGUCUAAGAAGAGCAAGAGAGUUGGAUCUUCGAUGUAUAAACGUGAAGCUUUAAUGUUGCAAUUAUUUACUUCCCCGCCUCCAUAGCAAAACAAAAAUAUUUUGUUCGUUCAUAGAGGGAUAUUUUUUUUGAAAAAAUUAUUUUAAAAUCCUUUUUUCAAAAUUUAAAAAAAUAUAUGGCAAGCAAAAAUCAUUAUAAUUGUAAAAUUAUAUUUAAAAUAGAAGCUGCAUUAAAUUCAAUAGAAUUAGCAAAAGGUUUCAUUAUACUAAUUAUCACUUACAUAUAAAUAUAUUUUUAAUAAAAUAUUUUUAUAUUAAAAAUAUUUUUGUCGCUCAAAAAAGGAUUUUUUUGCUAAAAAAUAGGGAUUUUUCCAAUGGAUUUGUUAGUUCACAGAGGGAUGCUAGAAGAAAUAAGAAAGAAAUGCCCCCUAAAAAAGAAUAUCUUAGAUGCAGAUUAAUAAGAGGGCAAAAGCGCUUUAUAAGGAAAAGCCUGAAAAAAAUGGCUCCUUUGAAAGGAUUUGAUAGAGUAUUACUAUGGUUCGUCCCUAUGAAUAGCUUGCUUUGGGUUAUUUGCUUUUAAUCCAAAAUAACUGCUAUAAUUCUCCUAUAUCAAGAUGACUAAAUAUUCCUUCAAGCCAAACCUAAAUAUUUUUUAUAUAUUUUAUACUCAAACUAUUUUCACUUAAUAAUACAUUCUAUAUCAAAAGGAAUAGAAAAUAGCAAAUCUAAGAGCGCAUAUGAGUCUUCACUAGAGGUCUGUAACAGAGAUCGAGAAGAAAUGGAAAGAAUUUCAGAUACAAUGAAUGGCCCUAAAACUGAUGGUAAAAGUAAACGAUCUAAAAAAUCAGGCCAUGAAGAACCACAAAACUCAUUUAAUGAUACCUUUUGUCAAAAUUAUUUUGAAGACUCAAAUAUUAAGGAGCAUUUUUACUAUUAUAAUGAAAUUUUAUUUGCUGAUUUUGAAAGCAAAAGUCUGUGCGAAAGAUUUGAUUUUAAAUGCUGCGAAGGAGAACAUAAAGACUCCUGCAAAAGCAAAUGGAAAUUGAUGAAAAUUUUUACCAGCUACUAUAUGCUGAAAAUAAUAGGAGUUGAUCCUUGGUUUCCUAAAGGUCAUGAACUUGAACUUUACUCCCAUUUGAAUUGACCAAAAAUCUGUUCUAGUUUUAAAGGGGUUAAUUGGAUUUUUUACAAGAAAAAAUUAUAUAAAUUUUAUUUUUAUGCUGCUUAUAGAUUCAAAGUUGACUUUGUUGACUCGGAUUUCCUCAUUUAAUGUAGAAAAGUACAGUUUUUUUUAUAUUUUUUUCCAUAUUAACUUAGGUAGCAUAUAUUUAAAAUUUUCAAAUUUAAAGUGAAUAAUUAAGCCCAAAAAUGCAAUUUUUACUUGUUUUUUCGAAAUUAUAAGGGUGGUAUUAGUCAAGAUGAGAUAGAAAAGCUUUUGGAUAUUGAAAUCUCCAAACUAGGAAUUUCAACUGAAGAAAUCUCCAAACAAGAAAUUUCAACUGAAGAAAUCCCCAAAGGAAUUUCAACUGACGAAAUCUCGCAAUAUUUCUUUAAAUAG